AUGAUGAUGAACCAGGCGAGGGUGCUCUCAACUGGAACUACUGACAAUGGAACAAUACAGUAUGAUGAAGUCGACGAGACAAAGCGUUGGUUCAAUCGAAGAUUCUGUUUUCUAUCGGUUAUUGGAGUUGCCGUUUUAUUGUUGGCAAUGGUUGUAAUUGUGAUAAUUGUGUUGCUUUUGACACAGUUAAAAGCUGCUAAUGCAAAUGCAGUCAAUGUUAUGAGCUCUUCAAAAUCGCAGAUGGAUGAGUUGACAAGAAAGCUGACUCAACCAUUGGAGCAACUUGGUCCAACCCUUGAAAAACUAUCCAAUUUGCCUGGUAUACCUGGAGGUGGAUUCCAUCAUCCUCCAACACCUCAACCAUCCCCAGGUGUUCCUCCAAUCAGCCCUAUUGUAACGGGACCGAAUACUACACCAGAACCACCAAGAAGAUCCCCGAAAGCGAGAUAUGAGUGGAAAGGAUGUCAAAAUGUUGGAAAGUGUGAACUCUCAGGAUACAACAAACCUCCACUGGUAAUCUUGAGUUUGGAUGGCUUUGCGAGAGAAUACGUUGAUCGAAACAUUGUUCAAACUUUGAACCAUUUCGCAGAAUGUGGAGUUAAAGCUGACAAAGUGUAUCCUUCUUUUCCAUCGAAAACUUUUCCGAAUCACUAUUCAAUUGUUACUGGACUCUGGCCAGAAUCGCAUGGAAUCACUGACAAUAGCGUAUUUGAUCCGUCAAUUUCCCCAGUUCUGGAAUCAAUGAAAAGCACAAAAUAUGACAAAUUUUUCGAAGGAGAGCCAGUGAAAGUUUUUCAGAUUUGGUCAGUGUACAAAAGGAAAACAGGAAAGAAAGCGAAUUGUUUAUUUUGGGUUGGAUGUGCAUACAAUAAUAGUGGAUAUGCUCCUGAUGUCGCACCUGCCUAUAAUCAAGAACUUCCAUUUAGAAAUCGAAUUGAUAUGGUUGUUGAUUGGUUAAAACUCCCAGCUGACGAGCGACCUGGAUUGAUAACUGCGUAUCUUCAUGAACCAGAUAAUGCAGGACAUUAUCAAGUGGAUGAUGAGGAUGUUGAUGAAAAAUUAGCUGAGAUUGAUGAUAAUUUGGACUAUUUGAUGAGUCGAUUGAAUGAGGAAAAGCUUCUGGAAUGCAUCAAUUUCGCUAUUCUUUCAGAUCAUGGAAUGCAACUAAUCGACAAAACCUAUUACUUUCAAGAUUAUCUUGAUUUGAAGGGACUUAUAACUGCAAAAGGAGUUGUUGGAAGAUUUUACAUCAAUAAUACUGAUAUCUCUGUAAAUGAUGUGGCCGAUCAACUACGAUGCAAGAUUGACACGGUUAAGGCAAACACAAGAGCAGACAAUCCAACGAGAAAACAUUACUCAAGAGAUCCGAGAGUUGGAGAAGUGUUACUGGAAGGAAGGGCUGGAAUCACAUUUUAUAAAAGCAAAGCAGAUGACUACGAACUAUCUGGAGAUCAUGGAUACGACUAUUUCAAUCCUAAAAUGCACACGAUUUUCUAUGCUCGAGGGCCUUCUUUCAAACAAAACCAGACGAUUUCUCCUUAUCAAAAUGUCCAAUAUAUGAACCUUUGGAUGACUCUUCUUGGAAUCGAAGGAGCUGUUGAGACAAAUGGAACACUUGGAUUUUUCGAUAAUGUUUUGACAAAUCCGACAAGAAAAGAAAAUCCAACAAAUGUGAUUGGGGAGUGUCCGAUGAUUGCAUUCCCAUCUGCCCUCAAUUGUUCUGGAGAUGUGCUACCCCAGACAUUGGUUAGUUUGAAUCAACUAACUGCUAAACUGACUAGCUGUGCAUUCUCUCCGUCACAUAUUCCUUUGUACUCGGAUAAUCAUUGUUAUCAAAAUUAUUGUGAGAAUUCAGUGAUUGUUAGUAGAAAUCCAAAAGAUAAGAGACGGGCAUUCAUUGAAAUUCUGUCACGGGACGAAUCUUCGACGCCUACAAAUUUCACUUUUGUGAAUGCUAAGUAUAAAUCGUCUUGUCCAAAUCCAAUAUCCGAUGAUAGUUUGUUAAUUCUUAGAAACUCUCGUAAGUCAGUUUUAUCCUUUUCAGAGCUGAGUUGUAUGGCGGAUGCGAGGAUACAACUUCCUAAUAAUUUUGUUCUCAAAGUUCUAAACCCACUUCAAGCCAAAUCUGUUCAGUACUUGAACAAAUAUGAAAAGAUAUACGCCAUUUCUGGAACGGCGACGGAUUUGAAUCAUGAUGGAAUUGCGGAUUCUGAUGGCUCUAACAUAACCCACAUCUACCGUAUUUUCCUUAUCUGCGACUCCAACUGGCUCUCAAUGAAUCCUCCUCUGUGUACCGAUUCCGAAGCCAUGCAGACGCUAUCUUUUAUUUUCCCGAUCUCCGAACGGUCCACCGUGGAUUGCAUGGUUUGUUUUAUCUUCGUAUGCGUCAUCCAAACAAAAUUUCUUCAGGAAUCCGAUGACGUUCUUCUCGAUUACACAGCAACUAUAUAUGAUGUAGAACGGAUUGCUGGAUUCCAGUUUGGACUUGGAGCGCUUUCUCAAAAUCAGAAUACCAUCCUUCGACGAAAGAUAUCAACUGAACUUUGGUGA